AUGGAAGCUCGGGAGAGUGAAGAGGUCGCCCCCUUGGUCGUCACCGCGUCUGCUGCGCCCGCGGAGGAUAGAUCUCUGCCGCAGGCGUCUCGGCGGGAGAACCACGCCAGGGAUGUUCACAUCCUCAGCUUCGGGUUCCUGUUCGUUUUCUCUGCCUACAGCGCUGCGCAGAACUUGGAGAGCACUGUAAAUACUGUACGUUUCCUGCUACUCUUCCUCUUCCGUGUGAGUGGUUCCUGAUUGGUAUUCACUCCCUUUUGAUUCGAUUCAUUCGAGGUUUAUUCGGUUUAUUUCUCUCAACUGUGUGCCUAGUUCCAUACCUUCUGUCAUCCGUCUUGCCAUCGUUUGAUCUACUGUCAGGAGCUUGCUUCCGCCCCGGUCGUCCCCUUCGUCUCCCAAUGAAACUAGCGGCUUGCUGAUCUCUAUCUCUUGACAGGAGGAUGAUCUGGGCACGACAUCAUUGGGAAUACUGUACCUUUCCUUCACUUUCUUUUCGUUGACGGCAUCAUCUAUGGUCAAGUUCUUGGGAUCGAAGAAUGCGCUCGUUCUGGGCUCUACUGGUUACUGGCUGUUCAUCGCCUCGAAUCUGAAGCCCUGCUGGUUUGAACUACACAACUCCUGUACCCUGAACCAUGCAGAAUGUGAUUUAUUUUUAUUUCGACGACAAUGAUGAUGACGACGACGAUGAGAAACCUGGUUCUGGGCAAACCUUGGGGAGUGCAGGGCAUCUACCCACGGUUCUUCUGCUUUGCAGCGCCUCUUGGAUUUCUAGCACUAAUCAUUGGUUGCAGGUUUUUAGCUCAUCGAGCAGAUGCGAACAUCUCCGAGCUCGGAAAACAAGUGUCCAUAUAUGUUUCUCGAGAAAAUACUCUGUUUAUGAGAAGUUCAAGCCUUACUUUUUCUUCAGCUUUCCCAAUGAUAGAAGAGAUGGUAGGACGAUAGAUCCCUUAUGGGUACUGUGUAGCUGAUUGGAUUUACGGGGUGGGAGGAACCAUUUUUUGUGAACAAUAUUUUUUCUUGAUUGUAAUCGUCUUUACUGGUUGGCAAGACGGAUUUAUGGAUUAUUAGAAACAUCGCACCUCAUAUGAAGCUCAAAUGUGUUUCUUGGCUGUUCAUUUGCCCAAUUUUUUUCUAAGUUCUAGCCAUUUACUACAGGUACACCAUGGUUCCAGCAUCACUAUAUCUUGGUUACGCGGCAUCAAUAAUCUGGGUCGGACAGGUUAUUAGUCAACAUAUCCCCGAUUAUAUCUCGAACUUGUGUCUGUUUUUCAGUGAUCUGGGAUAUUAACAGGUUUAGCUUUAAAUGGAAAACCAGGGGACGUAUCUCACCUCUGCUGCACGCAGUCAUGCAAAGGAUUGCCAUUUACAGGAAGGGAAAGUUAUAGGCAACUUUAAUGGAGAGUUUUGGGGGAUGUUUGCUAGUACCCAGGUGAGUAAUCCUGAGCACUUCUCUCUGUCUGUCUGUCUGUCUACCCUUGGACCCGAUUCACUGCACUCUCACGUCUCCUAUAACGCCUACAUUCACAUAAACACCAAUUUCCAUGCAUCAUCACUCGGAUCUAUCCUUGGUUCCUGAUCCAUUUUGUGCUCUGAACCACGGUUUUGGCUUUCUCAGGUUGUAGGAAAUCUGGUCUCGCUUGCCUUGCUGGGAGGUGGAAAGGUCAGCCGCCUCUUCGAAGUCAUCUUCUCCCCCCUCCCCCCCCCCCCAUCGGUUAGGGAGCUCAGAUGUAGAUGCUGCCAUGGAUAUCUUGUCCAUGCCUCCUUCACGAAUGCCAUGGAUAUCUCCCCCAGCUGUGUUGCUGGUUCAGAAGUUAGAAUAUCAUCUUUCUUUUCCUACCAAAUGUCAGCUGAUCUGAAUGUCAGCUGCUCGUUUACAUGGCUUCUGGGUGGGAGAAUGAGAUCUUCAUUCGAUAUUAUUAUCUUUUUAUUAUAGUCAUGACGAUCUUUCUUUCAAUGUCUUAUGACGAUUUGGCUCCUGAAAACGCUGCAGGAUGGGGAAGGGUUCACGGGCGCGACGUUGCUGUUCUCUGUCUUCCUUGCUAGCAUGACGUUGGGCACCGUGCUCCUGUGCUUCCUGCACAAGAGGGACGACAGAGAAGAGCCUCUCUCUGAACCUUCUGCAACAGAUGAUCACUCUUCUGUGAAGUCCAUGUUGAGAUCAGUUGUAGCCCCGUUACUGGACAAGAAGAUGCUGCUGCUCGUCCCUCUUCUCGUGUAUUCGGGGCUGCAACAGGCAUAUGUAUGGUAAAGGAUACGCUUUAUUAUUUUAUUUUUUUCAUUUAAAUCAGCCCAUUAAUUCCUCAAUUAGUCAUUUUUCCUCCGUAUUAAUCAGGUCCGAACUGACCAAGCAUGUCAUAGCGCCCGCCUUCGGCGUGUCGGGCGUGGGUGGGGCGAUGGCGAUCUACGGGGCUUCUGAUGCUGUGGUAAGCCCGAGAGCCGGCGGCUGUGGCGGCCUUCAGGGUUGACCAUUUUGUCAUGGGCUUGAUCAUACUGUCAUGUUUUUUUUAUAGAACUCUUCCUGUUGGAUGUCUUCAUUUCUGCGUAAUGGGUUGUUCUUAUCGCUCAAAGAUUCGAUUUUUAUGCCGUUUGCUGUUGUUCCAGUGCUCGUUCGUCGCCGGGAGGUUCACAUCCGGCCUUCCGUCGAUAACCCUCACAGUUUCUAGCGGAUCGUUUCUUCAGAUGCUCGCCCUCCUCUGGCUUCUGCUGAAACACGGGCAACUCUCUCUCCCUCCCUCCCUCUCUCGGUCUCUCUGUCUCUCUCUCUUUCCCUCCCUCUCUCUUUCUGUCUGUCUCCCCCUCUCCCUCUCUCUCUCUCUCUCUCCCCAACUAGCCGAAAACCCACAUACACUAAUUAUUGUGCUGAAAUCGCAGCUUAUCCAGCGGUGAGCUUGGCUACGUCUACCCGCUGCUCAUCGCCGCCGUAUGGGGCGUCGGCGACGGCGUGUUCAAUACACAGCUGAACGCCCUCCUGGCCCUGCUUUUCCGGCGGAACAUGGUAAACCCGUUGACCAAAAUGCUCAACUGUUGAUCUACUGAUCUGUAGAGUCAACUCCCCUUCCCUGCGGGCUGUUAUUUGACCUUGUUUCGGUCUCCGUGUCGAACAACAACAGGAGGCGGCGUUCGCGCAGUUGAAGGUCUGGCAGAGCGCCUCCACGGCGGUCGUCUUCUUCCUUGGCCCCCACAUCUCCUUCCAGGCCAUGUCCCUGGUGAUGCUCUUCUCUCUCUUCCUCUCUCUACUGAGCUUCCUCUUCCUCGCUCUCCGCGUUGAACGUGUAUUCGCUCUCAGAUCCUGA